CAUUCUCGUGUUAUGGUCAUACGGUAAAAAUGGCGGACGAGAAUAGCAAUAGUCCCCAGUCCCAUGGUUUUGCGGAGAAGCUGAAGUCGUGGCUGUCUUGUUCGUGGACGUACGUGUGUGCGGUGUGGUUCGCCAUGGUGUUAACGAUGAUCUAUGUGCUGCGGAGUCCGCUCAAGCUGCAGGAAUCAGUCGCUGCUGCAUCCAUGUUUCUGAACACCCUUACACCUAAAUUCUAUGUUGCACUUACUGGAACCUCCUCUCUCAUCUCUGGUCUUAUACUGAUCUUCGAGUGGUGGUAUUUUAGAAAGUACGGCACAUCAUUUAUUGAGCAGGUGUCUGUCAGUCACUUGCGUCCACUCCUGGGCGGAGUGGAGAACAACAGUUCUGCGAGUCUCUUCUCUUCGGCUAAUGGAGACGUGGACCAGCGGCCCAGUGUCUCAGAGUGUAAAGUAUGGAGGAACCCCCUUAAUCUGUUCCGAGGUGCAGAAUACAACAGAUACACAUGGGUGACGGGUAAAGAGCCUCUAACUUACUACGACAUGAAUUUGUCAGCACAGGAUCAUCAGACCUUCUUCACUUCUGAUACACAACAACUCAAACCAGAAGACACCGUGAUGCAGAAAGCCUGGCGAGAGAGGAAUCCUCAAGCUCGUAUAAGAGCUGCAUAUCAGGCCAUUGAGCUAAAUCAUGAAUGUGCUGCUGCGUACGUGCUUCUGGCUGAAGAAGAAGCCACUACAAUUAUAGAAGCCGAGCGACUUUUUAAACAAGCACUAAAGUUUGCGGGAAAAGACACAAAUCUUUUGGUGUACAUUAAGCGCAGACUGGCCAUGUGCGCACGCAAACUGGGACGUAUCAAGGAGGCUGUAAAAAUGAUGAGAGAUUUAAUAAAAGAAUAUCCCUUACUUGGGAUGUUAAAUAUCCAUGAAAACCUACUAGAAGCAUUGUUGGAACUACAGGCCUAUGCUGAUGUACAAGCAGUAUUAGCAAAAUAUGAUGAUAUCAGCUUGCCAAAAUCCGCCACUAUAUGUUACACAUCUGCCUUACUAAAAGCACGGGCAGUGUCAGACAAGUUUUCACCUGAGACGGCCUCGAGGCGAGGUCUAAGCACUGCAGAAAUGAAUGCCGUAGAGGCCAUACACAGAGCUGUGGAGUUCAACCCACACGUACCAAAGUAUCUAUUAGAGAUGAAGAGUCUGAUCUUGCCUCCAGAGCACAUUCUGAAAAGGGGCGACAGUGAAGCGGUGGCAUAUGCAUUUUUCCACCUGCAGCACUGGAAACGAGCAGAGGGAGCACUUAACCUCCUGCACUGCACCUGGGAAGGCACAUUCCGGAUUAUUCCAUACCCACUGGAAAAAGGUCAUCUUUUCUACCCAUACCCAGGCUGCACAGAGACAGCAGACAGAGAACUACUGCCAUCCUUCCAUGAGGUGUCGGUGUACCCUAAGAAGGAGCUGCCGUUCUUCAUCCUGUUUACAGCAGGCCUUUGCUCCUUCACUGCCAUGUUGGCCAUGCUCACACACCAGUUUCCCGACCUCAUGGGCGUCUUUGUCAAAGCCUUCUUCAGCACUCUCUUCGCACCACUGGGAUUUUUUGCAGACAAGAUGGAGAAUUUUAUGCCUUCCUGCCUCUGGUACCAGCUAACAAGAAUCUAAAACACUAUCCCACACACACAUACACACAGAUACCCAGAUGUCAAUCUACUGGAUGUGUAGCAUUAAAUGUGCUAAGAAGUUCAAUGUGUGAACCGUGCUGACAGUAAUAAAAUGUUCGCAGCGUUGUAAUUUUGAUCAA